AGCUAGUGGGAUUAAAUUGCAAAGGCUUCAAGCUGGGCAAAGCACACUGAUCUGCCUUUUUACAGCUAGACCUGUGUGCUGCAAGGAGCUGAGGCCUUCAGUGUUCCCUUCCUUACCCAGGUUACUCACAGAAUGGAUUCCCAGCGGGAACUUGCAGAGGAACUGCGGCUUUACCAAUCCACCCUUCUUCAGGAUGGUCUAAAAGAUCUCCUGGAUGAGAAAAAAUUCAUCGAUUGCACCCUAAAAGCAGGUGACAAAAGUCUUCCUUGCCACAGAUUGAUUUUGUCAGCUUGUAGUCCUUACUUCCGUGAGUACUUUUUAUCUGAAAUUGAUGAGGCGAAAAAAAAGGAGGUAGUGCUAGACAAUGUGGAUCCUGCUAUACUUGAUUUAAUCAUUAAAUACCUGUACUCUGCCAGUAUUGAUCUCAAUGACGGAAAUGUGCAAGAUAUUUUUGCAUUGGCCAGCCGCUUUCAGAUCCCCUCAGUGUUUACUGUCUGCGUUUCUUAUCUUCAGAAAAGACUUGCUCCUGGUAACUGUCUAGCCAUCCUAAGAUUAGGACUUCUUCUUGACUGCCCGAGACUGGCCAUUUCUGCCCGUGAAUUUGUGUCUGAUCGCUUUGUACAGAUUUGUAAGGAAGAGGACUUUAUGCAACUGUCUCCACAGGAACUGAUCUCAGUCAUUUCAAAUGACAGCCUAAAUGUAGAAAAAGAAGAAGCAGUAUUUGAGGCAGUGAUGAAAUGGGUGCGAACAGACAAGGAAAACAGGGUUAAAAACCUUAGUGAAGUGUUUGAUUGUAUCCGUUUUCGCCUUAUGACAGAAAAAUAUUUUAAGGAUCAUGUUGAGAAAGAUGAUAUAAUUAAAAGCAACCCAGACCUCCAGAAAAAAAUCAAAGUUCUAAAAGAUGCUUUCGCAGGCAAACUCCCAGAACCUAGCAAAAAUGCUGCAAAGACUGGGGCUGGUGAGGUGAAUGGUGAUGUUGGUGAUGAAGAUUUACUUCCUGGUUACCUGAAUGACAUUCCCAGGCAUGGAAUGUUUGUAAAAGACCUCAUCCUCUUGGUUAAUGACACAGCAGCAGUGGCUUAUGACCCCACGGAAAAUGAAUGCUACCUUACUGCACUGGCUGAGCAGAUUCCCAGAAAUCAUUCCAGCAUCGUUACCCAGCAAAAUCAGAUAUAUGUGGUAGGAGGACUAUAUGUGGAUGAAGAAAAUAAGGAUCAACCUCUACAGUCAUACUUCUUCCAGCUCGAUAGCAUAGCAUCUGAAUGGGUUGGACUUCCACCUCUGCCUUCAGCCAGGUGUCUCUUCGGUCUGGGAGAGGUAGAUGAUAAAAUCUAUGUAGUUGCAGGCAAAGACCUUCAAACAGAGGCUUCGCUGGAUUCAGUAUUAUGCUAUGAUCCUGUGGCUGCAAAAUGGAACGAAGUAAAAAAACUCCCUAUCAAAGUCUACGGCCAUAAUGUGAUUUCACAUAAAGGGAUGAUAUAUUGUCUAGGAGGAAAGACAGAUGACAAAAAAUGUACAAACAGAGUGUUUAUCUUCAACCCCAAAAAAGGAGAUUGGAAAGAUCUGGCUCCAAUGAAAACUCCUCGUUCCAUGUUUGGAGUAGCAGUCCAUAAAGGCAAAAUUGUGAUUGCAGGAGGUGUCACUGAAGAUGGUCUUUCAGCUUCAGUUGAAGCUUUUGACCUUACAACAAAUAAAUGGGAUGUAAUGACCGAAUUUCCCCAAGAAAGAAGCUCCAUCAGUUUGGUCAGCCUGGCUGGAUCUCUGUAUGCAAUUGGUGGUUUUGCUAUGAUUCAACUGGAAUCUAAAGAAUUUGCACCCACUGAAGUCAAUGACAUAUGGAAGUAUGAAGAUGAUAAAAAGGAAUGGGCUGGGAUGUUGAAGGAAAUACGUUAUGCUUCAGGAGCUAGUUGCCUAGCAACACGUUUAAAUCUCUUCAAACUGUCUAAACUGUGAACAAGGUGACAAAACAUAAUAGAUUGGGAGGUGGUUUGUUUGGUGAAUGGGGCUUUAAUUUAUUCUGUUUUUUAAAAGCUUGUACAGACACUCAUGUAGAAAUUAUUCAGGAAGUUAUUGUCUAAGAGAUGAGCGGUAGGUAACAAAACCUCGGUCAUUUGACUCUUCAAUGUAAUGAUCACAGCUUAAAACCAUUUUCUAAUAAUAAAUUAAAUAUUCAGUUGAACAAAUUAUUUUGUGAAUCUGUUUCACUCAAUGGAUUAUAAAGCAGGCUCCUAAAUUUGAGUUGUUUGCUAAUCAUUUCACUUGCGUCAUUAGGGUAUCCUUACACUGAUUUUCUAUUACAAUUGGAAGUGGAGAAUAUGUGCACCUACACUAAAAAAAUGUUUAAAAUAUCAAAAACCUCUCCUCGUGCUUCAAAAUGACAGGAAUCCUGUGCAUUAUACUAAGAAUUACAUACCAUAAGAUGACUUCAGAAAUGCUACUUCAGAAGUGUAAUAAAUGGAUGGGGAGAUCAUUUGAUGGGGAAAAGUCUCUUGUAAGUAAAAGUAGUCAAAUUCAAA